GUCAGUCAGCCUCAGAUUUCAGGAGCUGGCGGGUUCGUCCCGGGGUCCCUGAACGCACCAUGCCUGUCCCGGGUAUUUAACAUUCUGCCCUGGACAGCGGCAGGUUGUUGCGCAAGCGCAGCCCAUUCAGUCUGCAUGAAUACGGAGCGAGGAGAGGACAGGAGCACUGGGACUGCUGGGACUACUGGGACUGGGAGGACACAGAGGACUGGACGGACCGGACCGGACCCGGGCAGGCGGACAUGGAUGGACAGAACGGCAGCAGCAGCAUCUGCUCUCGGCAGGACACGAAGAAGAAGAAGCAGCAGAUCCCGGACAGGGUGACUCUGAAGAAGGAGAUCGGGCUGCUGAGCGCGUGCACCAUCAUCAUAGGAAACAUCAUCGGCUCUGGGAUCUUCAUCUCUCCAAAGGGGGUCCUGGAGCACUCGGGCUCAGUGGGUCUGGCGCUGGUGGUUUGGGUUCUGGGAGGCUGCAUCGCUGCCUUGGGCUCGCUCUGCUACGCUGAACUGGGCGUCACCAUCCCCAAAUCUGGAGGAGACUACUCCUACGUGACGGAGAUAUUCGGUGGUCUGAUGGGGUUCCUGCUGUUGUGGAGCGCCGUCCUCAUCAUGUACCCGACCACGCUGGCCGUCAUCGCGCUCACGUUCUCCAGCUACGUCCUGCAGCCCGUCUUCCCAAACUGCGUUCCUCCGUACAUGGCGACGCGGAUGCUGUCCGCCACCUGCCUCCUGCUGCUGACCUGGGUGAACUGCUCCAGCGUUCGUAUGGCCACCAGGAUCCAGGACGUCUUCACGGUGGGGAAGCUGAUGGCUCUGGGCCUCAUCAUCGUGGUCGGCCUCGUCCAGAUCUGCAACGGGAACUACGAGGCGUUGACUCCUCAGGUGGCCUUCUCCAUGGAGAGGACGCCGUCUGUGGGUCAGAUCGCUCUGGCCUUCUUGCAGGCCUCCUUCGCCUUCAGCGGCUGGAACUUCCUCAACUACGUCACGGAGGAAGUGGUUGAACCCAGACGGAAUCUACCUCGUGCCAUCUACAUCUCCAUACCAUUGGUGACCUUUGUGUACACGCUCACCAACAUCGCCUACUUCUCCUCCAUGUCGCCUGAGGAGCUGCUGUCGUCCAAUGCCGUGGCCGUAACGUUUGGAGAGAAGUUGCUGGGGAUGUUCUCCGUCAUCAUGCCGAUCUCCGUGGCUCUGUCCACCUUCGGUGGGAUCAACGGCUACCUGUUCACCUCGUCCAGGUUGUGUUUCUCUGGAGCCAGAGAGGGUCACCUGCCCAGCCUGCUGGCCAUGAUCCACUACAAGAACUGCACGCCCAUCCCCGCACUGCUGGUCUGCUGCGCUGCCACCAUCGUGAUCCUCUGCAUCGGAGAAACUCACAACCUGAUCAACUACGUCUCCUUCAUCAACUACCUGUCGUACGGCGUCACCAUCGCCGGCCUGCUGUACCACCGCUGGAAGAAGCCCAACCUGUACCGACCCAUCAAGGUGAACCUGUUGGUCCCUGUGUGCUACCUGAUGUUCUGGGCGCUGCUGCUGGGUUUCAGUCUUUACUCGGAGCCGGUGGUUUGUGGCGUCGGUCUCGUCAUCAUGCUCACUGGCGUACCCGUCUACUUCCUGGGCGUCCAUUGGAAAGAAAAACCAAAGUGUAUCUACAACUUCAUUGAGAGGGCGACCUACGUGGGCCAGAGGUUGUGUUUCGUGGUCUUUCCUCAGUUUGACCCCAUCGAGAUCGCCAGUCCGUCAGAAUGGACCGACCGGUCUUCAGGCAGGAGCAGUUUGUCUGCCAAUUCUUAAAAACUUUUUUUUCUGAAUCUAUGCAGCUCUUUGUUUUUGCCUCUUGUUUUUACUCCGUCACUGUGUAAAUCCAGACACUUCUUCCUGACACGGGAGCUUCCUGUCUGACCUUUGACCCUCUGAGACUCUGGUUUCCCUGCAGCCGAGUGGAAGCGUCCGUUCUUCUGCGCGAGCUUCGUGCACUUUUUAUUUCCUUCUCUUUUCUACUAAGUCUUCUAGCACAACAACCUAAUGCCGACAGUGUCUCACUGUGAAAACGGACUUUUAUUCCUAUUUUGGACCCUUUUGUUGUUUUUUUCUGUAACAUGACAGAACUCAGACCGACUGACGGUUAUUUCUUCUGAAUGUUGCUGGUGUUUUAAUCGUGCCUUCAGGCCUUUUCACAACAAGUCUCCAUCAAGUCUCUCGUCAGUGUUCUGAAAACAGCAAGAAAAAAGCUGGUGCAGAUUAAUUCAGUGAAGAUCUGCUGUUUGAGUGACACAUCACCCCGUUUCCCUUCUUGUAUUCAUAUAUUUUUUCAAACCUGCAUCCGGUCCUGCUGCAUAAAGAGGUCGAGGCAGCUUUUAAGACGAUUGUUUAGGCAGUAAAGAUUCAUAAUGUUCACCCACCGUCUCUGAGGAGAGCCGACAUGAAACCAGAAUUUCAGAUCUUGUUUAAAAAUCACCCUAGAAAGUUGUAACAUUGAAAUUUACCGAAGCCUUCGGCCCUGAACAAAAACUUGCGCAACAUUUAUUGUCAUUAAUUGUGUGUCAAGACAGUGAUGUUCAUGUUUACAUCCUAACACUGUGGAUGGUCCCCAGAGGAUGAAUUGUAAAACCUCGCCAUCAUCGGACUAAAGUUUCUAUUUGUCCAGUAUUUUAGUUUAAGACCAGUCACAUGUAAAAGAAGUGAGAUUUGUCUUAAUUAGCAAAUAUCAACAUGAUAACAUGUUAUCUAAGAAUACGGCAGGAAUCACUCCUAAAAUCUGAAAUUGACUCAGCGGACACACACUUCUAUCCCUCUGCUUGAAGUGAAAGAAGAGCUUAAAGGACAAGUUCACCCCAACAGUUUUAUUCAUUAGGGUUAUGCAGUGAAUUCUGAAGCUUUUGUGUAGCUGUGAAAGUGUCUGCAUGAGACUACAGAGGAUGUCGGGGACAUUAAACGUCCUCACAGCGAACACAAAGACUCAUCUGCUCACUCGUCCGUCGAUCACGAUGUUGUUCCUUUAUAGUCUAUCAGUGUUUUUAACAGGAUUAUGCUAAUGUCUUUGGUUAUUCUUAUAAUUUUGUGUUCGUGGCCUUUUAUGAAUCCAGUUUCCUGCCUCAGAUAUUCGAGAGUUAAAGGUCACCAGAAGGUUUUGGGUUUUGUUUUGCUUACAACUGAAUUUUCGUUCGCUUUGGAUUUGAAGUCUAACAUCAACAGAUGUAGCAGAAACUAACUUAUCUCAGCGUACAGACAGCAAACAGAACACGUUUCACUUUUUCAGAAACACCAGUGAAAGUUACUCUCAGUGAGAGAUUAAAGAGAGCGAUUAGCACAUCUGGACGAUCCGGAGGCGUCUUCAAAUCUAGAACGUGCUGAUGUUUAAAACACCUGAAACACCUGAAACACCUGCGUCUGUUUGUCUCCCAGCUGAUCGGACGAAGCAUUUAUUUUACAAUGUGAACAGCAGAAUAUAGAGGUUAUCUACAGAGAAUAUAGAGGACAGUAAAACAACAUGAACAACAUAGAAAUUAAAACGGCUCUGAAUAAAAAUGCACCAUCACAUCAACAAUAUGAAGGUGGGAACGUCAGACUUGGUGUGAAAAGGCCUUUUACUGGGGAGAUGUAUAUUCAAAUGUUUAUUAACUGAUUCACUAUAUUAGAUUUUAAUAUAUUUGGUGUGUGCCUUUCUUUUUGUGUAUUGCAUUUGAUUGUUCCAGAAGCACUUUGGUCUUCCAUCGUCUGUGAUCCUGCCGUUCGGUUCAUGAAUUCUUUCCCCUCUCAGAUGUAAAACCAGAUUGGCGCCGGACUCAUUUUGCACAAAGCACUGCCAGAUCCCCGAGACCGAGGCCAGGCGCCAGUUUAUUAAUCCAUUGUUAACACAGUAGUCAUUUUUACCUGCUGCUGCUCUCACAUCACUGUCUCACACUGUGACUGUUCUCAGAUACUCACACUUCCUGCAGCAGAGUGAGAUUUUAAAGUGCUGCUGUCUGAGACUUUCCUCACAAAGGAGUGAUACGUACGGAUUUUAGUCUAAAACAUCAACAAUUAUCAACAGACUGUGAAGAAGAUUGCUGAUCUAACAUUAUGAGCUUGAUUUAUGAGUCAUCCACUGAAGUUAGCAUGCUAGCUGUCUAGCUCCAUCCAGUACCGGUCCAAAUCACCCUCAGAGCUCCGAGCUCACAGUCCACUAGUUGCACUGCUAACUGGGCUAAAUUGCUGCAGCCAAAGCUAGCAGCAGUCGCAGGAUCCUCUGCUGAUACAAAUACUGUCCAGGCGCUUUUUCUUGACAGCUAAUUAAUCCGUUUGGCUCUGCAAACGAUAUAAAGCAAGCUUUUAAUUACUUCUGACUCUUCGGAGAUAAAAUGACACAUGACACUCUGCAGGUGUUGCCGCUGAUACGUCCUCCUGUUAUUGUUGUCAGACAACUGUUAGCCAGUUAGCAUUCAACUCCCAAUGAAAUCCAUAAUAUAACACUUGACAAUAUUCUGGGUUAACGAACGAGGAAGCUAGUUAAUCAUUAGUUACUGAGAAACUUCUAAUCCAGCUUCACAGAGUAACUAAUGAUUAGUUAAUGAUUAGUUAAUAGUUAAUUAAUUAAGAAAUGAGCGAGGAACGAAUCAUCAACGACUUAAUCAUUGAUUGACUGUUAACAAGCAGUUCUGAGGCCUAUAUAGUAGAUAAUGAUCCUUCGUUAAUGAAUCAUUAGGUACUGAUUAGUUCAUGAAUAUCUGUAAAUUGAUCACACGAUUUCACGAGUGGCUCCCAGUGAACGGAACAAAACGAGUCACAACUCAUUUAGUGGUAAUUACUUAAACAUUAGUUAUUGUUUCUGUGCAGCCCAAGUUAGAAGUUACUCAUUAACUAAUGCUUUGUUACCAGUUAAUCCCUUAAUCGUUGAUGAUUUGUUCCCGAGCAGCUACUUAACAUUUUGUGUCCUGUGUUGUAGAGUGACACCUCACCAGGUGGUUAUCCUGGUUAGUUUUAACAACAUGAUAGAAACGCACAAUAUGGAUUUUUCAUCCAAUACCGAAAACGUUUAAUUUCCUGCUUCUCAUGCAGAAAAUGAUGAUAAUGACACAUUUUUGUAUUUUAAUAAUAAGUCCAUAAGCUGUAGUUAUGAAGACUAAGAUGUAGCGAGCAAAGAUGGAUGAUUUAUUAUUCAUAGCUCUAAAAAGAUUUAUUGAGUUAAACUCUCCAAACACGAAUUGUAGUUGUUGUUGUAUUUUCUUCUUCUGAACAUGAAGAACAACUCCAGAGUGGCUUACAUGGCUCUAGGCAACAGCAUUCUUCUUCUUCUUCUUCUUCUUCUUCUUCUUCUUCUUCUUCUUCUUCUGUGUUCAUUGGCAGCUGGCAAACCAACGUAACAGGUGCAUACGGCCACAUACUGUGUGUAAAUACUGCACUUGUUAAAUCAACUAAAGCAGUUUGUUUUUGUAUUAUCGGUUCAAUUCAUCCGCAGUAAUUUCAGGAUCUGCUGAUAGAUAAUGUUCAUUUUCUAUUAUCUGUCUGAUGUAUUUCGUGCUUCACUGCAACACAUCUGUGUCUCUGGUUUCAGCAGUUUAGAUGACAAGUUUAUGAGUGGAGCAGUUGUUUUUGAAUGCCAGCUGACUGUAAAACUGUUAGACUGUUAACUCCUCAUCAUAGUUUACUGUUUCUGAGUUAGUUUACAAGAAAUCUAUGUUCCAUAAACGAUUCGCGCUCCAUCAGACGUCCUUCACUCACUGAGACACAGAUUAAAUCAUUAAAGAUUUAGACAUUAUUAAAAUAUAUAUAUAUUUUUUUCAGAAUGGUUCACAAUCAAUUUAAUUAUUCAGCAUCUGCGAGUAGUUCCUCCAUUUUCCUUUUUGCAUUGCAUUGUGGGACAGCAGCAUGUAUCAGCAACACACUAAAAACACAUUUGUGUGCAUUCUGGCUUCUUUGAGUCGUUGACAACUUUUCAUUAUAAAUGCAAAAUGCUGAAAAUGUUUUUUAAAAAUGAUAUGCAGAAUUAAUUUAUUAAUGCCAAGUUUAUAACUGUUUAUACUGCUAUGUGACAUCAUUCCUUUUUGUUUCUCCUGAUUAUAGAGAAAAGAUUUCUGUAUUGUAACAUUUUGUUUCAGUAAGUUAGAUUUACUUACUUACCAGCCUGAGAAUCUCACUGCAGCAGCUGCCGUAUGUCUUUAAAACAUUUGGGUUUUAACAAAGCCAAAGCUGCAGCCUCCACGACAGGUUGUGUGUUUCUGAUCACUCGGGUUUGAUUCUAAAUCUGAACAGCACAUAAUGUCGGACCUUCACAGCCGCAUUACCGCGAGCAAAAUGUCUUCAAAUAGCAAAUCCACUCUCCUUUUUACCAUUUCUAUUAUUUUGUAACAGAAGUCUUUGAUUGCCUUUUUGUAGACACAGACGUAUUUCUGCCUUCACUGAGUAGAAGUGGAUUCAUUCUGUCAGUAAAUAACAUGUAAAAACAUCUGAAAUCCAGGAGACCAGGAUAAACCACAGUCUCGUGUUGUCUCCACACACAGACUCUUUUACACUGUAAAUUAUUUGUAAAGCAUCCAGUGUUUACAAUGAGGUCAUUACAUUGAACGUUAACUUGGAGGUAUUUUAGAGCACUUUUUUGUAAAAGUUAGUAAAUAACUGUAGCAGCACAAUAAAUCCAGAAUGAAAU